AUGGCUCAUUCAAAGCCCAAACCAGUCAAGAAAUCAGUGUCGUUUAUUCAAGAUGCGUCAGACGGUGCAAAUGUUACGGAGGAAACAAAAUAUACGUCAAUAAAACAAGGGCCCGCUGUGCCUUCGUUGAAGAGAAACCUUGCGGCGUUCCCGCUACACAAUUUGUUAAUCCUCGUGGGAUUGUUUCACUAUGGACUAACAGAGAAUGUCGACACAGUCUUGCUCAAAGGAUUCAUUACAAGUUUACCUCUCCAAGCUUCGUACGCUUACCUACUUGCAAAUAAUGUACACAAGAAGUUGAAACUGGCAAACAUUCCCUUGCUAGUCGUAUCCAGUAUCGUUGUCAGUAUACUUUUGGCAGUCCCAACGUUUGCCAUGCUUGUAAUACUAGGAGCUCCCUUAUCCAAUUUUAAAUUUAGGACCGCGUGCUUGGCGCUACACGUUUCCCAGCAGAUUUUCACGCCGUUGCUUGUGGUAUAUCGCCUUGAUUUUCAGCAGUUCAAGCUUUUAUUUGAUCAAGACCGUAUUUAUUUGACCAUAUUUCAGCACCCGGUUCUUUGCCAAGUAUUGUUGACAUUGGGAUGCUGCUGGUUGGGGGUAAUUCCAAUUCCUUUGGACUGGGAUAGGCCCUGGCAGCAAUGGCCCAUCACCUUGUUGAUCGGGGCAUACACUGGAGGGAUUGUUGGUAGUGUGGUUUCAUUCGUGGUGAAUUUAGUAUCACGGUAG